ACCGCAACCCGACGCCCCGGAGUUGAGGCGCGGGUUUGGCGGCGCAUUUCUGCGAAGUCGCACGUGAAGCAUCGCAGUGACCGGAGCUUGACCCCGCCAUGGCUGCUCCGGGCGGCCGUCCAGUGCGGGCCACGCAAGUGCUCAGAGCCAGCCUGCUGGUCCUGGUGGCCCUUGCCUUCCUCCACGGAGCCUUGGCCCAGCCUCACCGGGACUUCGCGCCGCCAGGCCAGCAGAAGAAGGAGGCCUCCGCUGACCCCCUGACCCAGCUCGGGCGAGCGCUGCGGGCGACGCUGGACAGCUGGCUGGGCCGGGAGAACAUGCACUUGGUCUCUGAGACCCUGUCGCAGGUGACAUGGGCCGUCUCCUCGGCCAUCUCGGUGGCCUUCUUCGCCCUGUCUGGGAUUGCAGCUCAGCUGCUGAACGCCCUGGGGCUGGAUGGUGACCACCUCACCCAGGGCUGGAAGCUGAGCCCUGGCCAGGUCCAGACGUUCCUGCUGUGGGGUGCGGGGGCCCUGGUCGUCUACUGGCUGCUGUCCCUGCUCCUCGGCCUGCUCUUGGCCUUGCUGGGCCGCAUCCUGGGCGGCCUGAAGCUUGUUGCCUUCCUGGCCGGCUUCGUGGCCCUGGUGAGGUCGGUGCCCGACCCUUCCACGCGAGCGCUGCUGCUGCUGGCCCUGCUGACCCUCUAUGCCCUGCUGAGCCGCCUCACCGGCUCCCGGGCCUCCGGUGCCCGGCUGGAGGCCAAGGUGCGCGGGCUGGAGCGCCAGGUGGAGGAGCUGCGCUGGCGGCAGAAGCGCGCGGCCAGGGGCCCACGCAGUGCGGAGGAAGAGUGACAAGGACGCCCGAAGCUCCCCCUUCGCCACACCGAAGAGCUGAGCUGCUUCUGGGCUGGGGCCCUCCCCGCAGCCCCUGCCCUUCCCCUCCAGUACCUCCCUGCCACGGCCUCAGCUGAGAGAGCGGACGGCCCUUGGCUUCCUGCCCGUUUGCCUGGGCAGGUGUGCAGGCCUGGCUUUCACUGCUGCCUCUGGGGCCCUGGCCUCCUGUGACCUGCCUGCUCCCCAAGCUCUGCCCUCUGCCCGCCCUGUCCUGGCAGCACCCCACCAUCCCCUGCCCAUUGGCCAGCCGGGGAACCGCCUGGGUGUGGGCUCAGGCUGGAACAGGGCCUCGGGCCGUGGGCGAUACACCCUAUGUUAUAAGUGCCUUAAUCCAAGCAGUAGCGCCCCGCCCACCGCUGCCAUCCCGGAGAGCUCGGGCACCACAUCCCGUCCUUGUUAGCCAGAGCAGACCGGCCACCGCGCCUUGCUGGGAGCUCAGAGCCCAGAAGGCAGGAGGGCAGCGUCCUGCCCCACGCUGGCCUGCACGGUGCCGAGGAAGAGGAGCAGGCUGGUCAGCCACCCUGCCGCCGCGGUGUCCUGCUCCCUGGGCCCCAGGGGAGGGAGGUGGCCGUCUCUGCCCGGCCUGGCACCCAUUUUGGCCGCUGAGGUUUGACGUGAAAUAACAGCUGCAGUAAUCCUUAUUUUUAUCAGUGCUUGGUUGAUUUCAAAUAAAGUGCACGCUAUUUUAUUA